AUGGCAGACAAGACUGGUCCCAUGAUAGCCUCUGUGCCAAACCACUUAUUGACAAAUCACACCACUGCCCCAUGGGAGCCCACUGUUCCUGCCAAUGUGGGCAUUGUCACCAGCUCCCAGUCCCAGAUCAAAGACCUAUUUGGGUUGUUCUGCAUGGUGACCCUUAACCUCAUUGCUCUGUUGGCCAACACCGGUGUGAUGGUGGCUAUUGCUCGUGCCCCUCACCUAAAGAGGUUUGCUUUUGUAUGCCACCUUUGUUCCGUGGACCUGCUGUGUGCCAUCCUACUCAUGCCUUUGGGGAUCAUAUCCAGCUCACCCUUUUUUGGCACUGUGGCUUUUACAGUCCUGGAGUGUCAGGUUUACAUCUUCCUCAAUGUGUUCCUCAUCUGUCUGUCCAUUCUCACCAUCACAGCCAUCAGUGUGGAGCGCUACUUCUACAUUGUACAUCCCAUGCGCUAUGAGGUCAAGAUGACCAUCAACCUCGCAAUUGGUGUCAUGCUCCUAAUCUGGGUGAAGUCACUCAUCCUGGCUUUGGUCACAUUGUUUGGGUGGCCAGCUUAUGGACCUCAGAGCUCUAUAGCUGCAGGUCACUGCUCUCUCCACGCGAGUCACAGUCGUCUAAGAGGUGUGUUUGCUGUGCUCUUCAGUGGGGUCUGUUUCCUGAUUCCUGCAGUGGUUAUCUUUACUGUUUAUUGUGCUGUGUACAAGGUGGCUCGUUCAGCAGCUAUGCAGCAAGUCCCUGCUGUGCCAACAUGGGCUAAUGUGAGUCCUGCAAAGAAUCGCUCUGACUCCAUCAACAGCCAGACCACCAUGAUUGCCACCACUCGCACUCUUCCACAAAGAUUAUCUCCAGAAAGAGCCUUCAGUGGAGGCAAGGCAGCCCUGACUCUGGUGUUCAUCGUGGGUCAGUUCUUGGUUUGUUGGCUGCCCUACUUCACCUUCCACUUGCAAAUGUCUCUAACUGGCUCCAUGCACAGCCCCGGGGACUUAGAGGAGGCAGUCACCUGGUUGGCCUACUCCUCCUUUGCAGUUAACCCCUUCUUCUAUGGCCUGCUGAACAGGCAGAUCAGAGAAGAGCUGGUGAAGUUCCGACGCUGCUGCUUGACCCAGCCGGCAGAGUUUGGAACGUCCAGCCACGAGGGUUCCCUUCAAGAGAACUUCCUCCAGUUCAUCCAGAGAACCAGCAGCACAACUGAGACUACGUCAAACUCUGUCAACUCACGUCCUAAAAACACUUCAGACAAGGGGAUGAAGAUCCCCGGACAAAUACCAGAGGAUAACACUUAGAUAUUAACAACACAAGUUUUGA